AGACUAGGGGAGACAUAAGAGCUAACAAUGGCUAUCCAUUCCAGCAGGCCGCCCUUCUGAAACUCUCAUACCCAGAAGGCCUUCUGACAUCUCUUUCCUACUCUCAUGUCAUCUUUUUUAAUUUUUUAUAACCUCCUGAGUCAAGGAUGUUUAAGCCUUUUGACCUCCGAACAAUAAUCAUGAUCAUCAUUGGUUGCGGGAUCCUGUCAGCCAUGUUUCUACUGAUAGGACUUGUACUCUGUCUUUACUCCAAAAUAUCCAAGGCUCUGAAGUCACCUGGAACCGCAAAGGAGGCAGAUGAUGAAUGCUAUAUUGAUCCAUGCAAGGACCCCUAUGAGAGCAUCAUCCCAGCCAACAGCAUCCCUGCUGCGGCUUAUCAUCCCUACCAGGCCAACACCAUUGCUGUUUCGAAUUGUGGUCCCCUCCAGUUUUGUGAUGCAUGUGGUGUCUAUGCAGAUGUUAGCUCCCUGCCACCCUGCCUUUGUAACAUAAGGGAAGGACUCUGACAUGGCACCUACGGGUAAAAGGAAAUCUUCAUGAUCAGUA